CUUGUGCUUCUAUUGGCAUUUUCUCUGUUUCUAUUUAUUACCACGGAACUGAGUCUUCUUGCAUCUGCAAGUGCCCUAGACAACAACAGCAAGGCAUGUCACGCAAUAACUCUUGAAUAUUAUCUCUAAAUUUUUAUUUUUUUUUAUAGUUUGUUUUCCACGGAUUUAAUAGGUUUAUAUAGUUUACCUUGGCGAAAGAGAACACGAUGAUCCCGAACUCGUCACCGCUUCUCAUCAUGAAAUGCUUGAAUCGCUUCUUGAGAGAGCAUCCUGAUGUAAUCCAUGUUAUACCAAACCGGAUUCUUAAACUGAAAACCACAAGAACUUGGGAUCACCUUGGCCUCACUCCAAUUCCAACUUCCUUUUCUUCUUCAUCAACAUCUGUAAAAGGUCUUCUCCAUGACACCAACAUGGGCAGUGAAGCUAUCAUAGGCCUAAUUGAUUCCGGAAUAUGGCCAGAGUCAAAGGUCUUCAACGAUCGUGGCUUUGGACCAAUACCUAAGCGUUGGAGAGGAAAAUGUGACUCGGGAGAAUAUUUCAACGCCACAAUUCAUUGCAACAAAAAGCUUAUAGGAGCUAAGUACUAUGUAAAUGGCCUUCUAGCCGAGAUGGGAGGAAAAUUCAACCGAACCAUAAUCCAAGAUUUCCAAUCCGGUAGAGAUAUAAACGGUCACGGCACACAUACAGCCACAAUAGCUGGAGGCUCAUUCGUUACCAAUGCAAGCUAUUAUGGUCUAGCCCAAGGUACUCGUAUGGCCCGAGGUGGUGCACCUAAGGCACGGAUAGCCUCAUACAAGGCGUGUUGGAACAUAGAAGGAGUUGCAGGAGCGUGCACAAGUGCUGAUAUAUGGAAGGCUUUUGAUGAUGCUAUAUAUGAUGGUGUUGAUGUUUUGUCUGCUUCUCUUGGCGGGACUAUUCCAGAGGAUUCAGAGGUUGAGCGCAAUAAUCUCGCGGCUUUUCACGCGGUGGCUAAAGGGAUUCCCGUUGUUGCUUCGGCAGGUAACAAAGGACCAGGUGCUCAGACUGUUGUCAACGUUGCUCCUUGGCUUUUGACAGUUGCUGCUACUACUCUUGACCGAUAUUUUCCUACCAAGAUAACCCUUGGCAAUAAUCAAACAUUCUUGGCUGAAUCUCUGUACACUGGACCGGAUAUUUCAACCGGUUUAUCCUUCUUGAACCCAAAAGGUGAUAAGAAUGUUGAUGUGAAAGGGGAAACAGUUCUUGUUUUCGAUAGUACCACUCCAAUCGCAGGGAAAGGUGUAGCAGGAGUCAUAGUGGCCAAAAAGCCUGACGAUCUUCUUACUCGAUCUCCCACGGUGAGAAUAAGCGCGGCUACAACAUUUACAGGUCUGCCUGCCACGACCAAGGUUGCUGCGUUCUCAUGUAGAGGGCCUAACUCUGUUUCACCAGCCAUUCUCAAGCCUGAUAUAGCAGCUCCUGGUGUGAGCAUCCUCGCGGCACUAAGUCCGUAUAUUCUAAAUGAAAACGAUGGAUUUGGACUCCUUUCAGGGACAUGUAUGUCAACUCCUGUUGUUUCAGGAAUCAUAGCUCUACUCAAGUCUCUACACCCUAACUGGUCUCCUGCUGCAUUUAAAUCAGCUUUGGUCACAACAGCUUGGAGGACAAGUCCAUCUGGUGAACCUAUUUUUGCUGAAGGAUCAAACAAGAAGCUUGCAGAUCCAUUUGACUAUGGAGGAGGUCUUGUAAACCCUGAAAGAGCUGCAAAACCAGGACUUGUAUACGAUAUGGGGAUUCAAGAUUACAUCAAUUAUAUUUGUUCUGCUGGUUACAACGACUCCUCGAUUUCUGGAAUAUCUCGAAUCAUCGGUAAAAAGACUAAGUGUCCAAUUCCUAAGCCAUCAAUUCUUGAUAUCAACUUACCUUCAAUCACAAUCCCAAACCUUGAGCAAGAAGUAACACUCACAAGAACUGUAACCAACGUUGGACCCAUAAAGUCAGUCUACAGAGCUGUAAUAGAGUCUCCUCUCGGUAUAACUCUCACAGUCAACCCGACCACACUCGUGUUUAGCUCUGAAGAUAAGAAAGUGCUCUCUUUCACGGUUAAGGCUAAAACGAGUCAUAAAGUCAACACUGGUUACUUGUUUGGAAGCUUGACAUGGACUGAUGGUGUUCAUGAUGUUAAAAUCCCUAUUUAUAUAGUUUAUCUCGGAGAAAGAGUACAUGAAGACCCCGAACUUCUUACAGCCUCUCAUUAUCAACUUCUUGAAUCACUUCUUGAGAGCAAAGAAGAUGUACAUAACUCAAUGAUCUACAGCUAUCAACAUGGCUUCUCCGGUUUCGCCGCACUUCUUACAUCUUCACAAGCAAAGGAAAUAUCAGAGCAUCCAGAAGUAAUCCAUGUUAUACCAAACCGGAUUCUGAAAUUGAAAACAACAAGAACAUGGGAUCACCUUGGUCUCACUCCAAUUCCAACUUCUUUUUCUUCUUCAUCUGUGAAAAGUCUUCUUCAUGACACCAACAUGGGCAGUGAAGCUAUCAUCGGCGUCAUUGAUUCCGGUAUUUUCAUUGUCUCUCACUCUCAAACGUUCUCUCCAUCUCUCCUUGUCUCACGUCAUGUAUUGAUAUAUAUAGGAAUAUGGCCAGAGUCAAAGGUAUUCAACGACCAAGGCCUUGAACCGAUACCUAAGCGUUGGAGAGGAAAAUGUGAAUCAGGAGAACAGUUUAACGCCACAAUUCAUUGCAACAAAAAGCUUAUAGGAGCUAAGUACUAUGUAAAAGGCCUACUGGCCGGGACUGGAGGAGAAUUACAACCAGUCACGGCACACAUACAGCCACGAUAG